CAGCAGCAGCCUGAGAGGAGCCUGAGAAGCAGUGGUGUCAGAUAAGCAUCCAAUAAGGAGAUGGUGGGGGAGAAGAUGUUCUGGCCUGGCGUUAAGGGGGCUGGUUCAGACUGGGCCAGGCCUAUGCUUUUCUCAAGCCUAUUCAGAAUCAAACUCCACGAGCCAGACUGCAUUAUGCACCAUGACAGCUUGAGAUCAUCCUCUUUUAUUGGGUCUGAUGAGCGUUUGUGGAAGGGAGCUCAGUUGAAGCUCAUUAUGGGGACCAUGGGUUAUUUCCUUUGUUGUCCAUAUUUCCUGACAGUGGGGGUAACUUAAAUUAAAAUAGGGAGAUGAACAAUAAUUGGGGUUUCUUACCUAUAAUAGUAGCAACUGACAUAGCAUUUAAUGGAAGCUGACAGCUAAAUACCCCGCCACAGCAGUAAAGUGUCAAACAAUGCAUAUGAAAAUAAACAGCCCAAAUGAAAGCUAUUUCUGCAGAGGCUGUUGGCACGCUUUCUCAACCCUAGGCAGGUUAUUUGAGAUGGUAAUUGCUGCCAAAGAAUCUUUUAUUUUCUUUUUUUUAAUAUACCUUAUGAGAUUUACCUCAAGGCGGAAUGGAGCACUUUUAUGGAUAUGCUUAACUUCAAAACAAGCAAAAUCAAUACCAGAGAGAGCAAAGCUGUCUUAUGCGGCUGAAUCUACACUUGUUUGUGUACCUUCAAAACCUCAAUUUCAGUUGACUGGCAGAGAUGGGAAUAGCAAGAAGGUCAGGUUUUUCUUAGGACAUUUGGAUCUAGGCAUCCAAAUCCAACUUGUUUGCAAUUGUGUGUAGCCCAGUGACCCUUGGAAUCUCGAUAUAAAAUUGCUUUUAAGGUGCCAUUAUGAUUCAGUUGAUUUGUGAUACAUCUUUGGGGCCCAGUAGGGCCCUCAAAGUGGUUUACAACAUGUUAGUUAUUCCAUAUACUUAUCAAGGCUGCACAUUUACUUGAGUAUAAGUCCUCUUGAAAUAAUAAGCAGAACUUACAUCCGAGUGAACAUCAUAGAACUGGGCUGGAAAAUAUAUUAAAAUCCUCAGUAAAACAUACAUCCUGAUUAACAUCCUGAGUAAGGCAACAGCAGCACACGAGGAGGAUGCAGCCACACUGUGGAGAGUUUCCAGAGCUUCACUCCUCAUUUCUCCACUCUGCUUCCCUUAGAGGUGCUUUGUAUCCUCUAAAAAUAUGUCUCUGGGGGCUGCAAAACCUUCAGAGACAUAUUUUGGGAGGGCACAGGGCAUUUCUGGGGGAAGAAGAGAGCAGUAAAAAUUGCCCCUCAUUCUCCCACCCUGUAUGCUUCAUGCUGCAGAGCUCUGGUGGCUCUCCUUUCCUUAGCAUGGGCGCAUCUUCUUGGUGUGCUGCUGCUGUCUUAGUCAGGAUGUUAGCCAUUGACUCCAAUCAAACAAUAGCAUUAAAAAGAAAACCACAACAACAAUGGCACUACUAAGAUCACAGCAAAGGGAUAAUGCUUUAAAAAUGCUGUUGAUGUACAAUUGUCCUGCUGUGCAAGAACAGGUUUCUGCCUGCAGAUCUUCUUUCUAGAUCAAGUCCACAUCUACAAAAGAAUGCUACACAUGAGGCAAAAAACCUGCCCCUGUGCACAGGGUACUCCUUUCUGGUUCAGGGCUGGUUAGUGCUAUUAGUGUGAUAAAAUUUCCUGUUUUGGAGGGGUGGCAGAUUGAUUGCAAAACAAGUUGUCCUAGUAUGAACUAAUCUACCUACUUUCCUUUUACUAUCCCUACAGCUGGACUAAACUUGGUUCAAAUCGGUUAGGCAGUUCACAAGUUAGCCCACUUGCAUCUCAAACGUUCAUGUGUUCAUCAUCUUGAAUUGGGUUGGAUGACAUCAUCACAAACUAUGCAUUUGAAGUAUCCUUAAGUGUCCCUACAACUCUACCAAAUUUAGUCCAAAUCAGUUCCCAUUUCCACCUCAAAUGUUCACUUGUCCACCAUCUUGAAUCAGGGUGGAUGACAUCAUUACACAAUAUGCCCUUGAGGUGUCCCUAUGUGUCCCUACACCUGUAGCAAAUUUGGUUCAAAUCGGUUAGGUGGUUCAUGUUAGCCCAAUUGCACCUCAAAUGUUCACGUGUCUGCCAUCUUGAAUUAGGGUGGAUGACCUCAUCAAACCAUGCCGUUGAGGUGUCCCUGUGAGUCACUCAUUACAACUGUACCAAAUCUGAUUCAAAUUGGUUUGGCGGUCCACAAGUUAGCUCUCUUUCACCUCAAAUGUUCAUGCAUCAGCUAUCUUGGAUCAGGGUGGAUUACAUCAUUACAAACCAAGCCACAGAAGUCUUCCUAUGUGUCCCUACAGUUGCAGCAAAUUUGAUUCAAAUCAGUGGUAACCUUUGUGCUGAAGACUGAUUGCAAGCAUCACCUGCUUUCCACCAGUAGCUGAGCAGCACUAUCAAAGCUGAAUAUUAGUUCCAUAGGGAGAUUCUCAGAACAGCUGUUUAUCUUCUUGAACUGCACAGGAUUGUUUUCAGAUUGAGAAACACUCUGAAAAUGGAAGUUUUACCAGUUAUCCACAGGACCAUCAGAUGACAUUGUUGUCAUUGCACAAUUUCUCAGCGCAUCUGCUGGCCAUUUGCAUCCAAUCUGUGAUGAGAAUGGAGUCUUUUACAAUCUUAAGAGCUGGAAGAACAACAGUUUCAAAAGACUCAAUUCUCAAUGGAUUCAAAUUCUCAAAAGACUGGCAUCGAGUGGCCAGUCCAUCCAGCAAAUGGAUUGGCAACAAAUGGCCAGCAGAUGGUGCUGCAAAGUUGCAUGAUGAGCAAUGACGUGAGAAGCGGUAAGAAUUGUGGACAUGUGGUAAGAACAGAUUUAUUUGUUUGUUUGUUUGUUUGUUUGUUUGUUGAAUUUGUAUACUACCUUUCAUUAAAACAAUCCCAAGGCAGUUCACACAGAAAAAUUAAAACAAGACUGUAAAAAUGACACAAUUAAAACAUUAAGCGAAAAAAUAAAAUCAGAGAUCUAACGAAAAAGAUUUAUAAAUACAUGCAUAAAACAUUCAAAAUACAAAGAAGCAACAGAGGAGACAAUCACAUAAAAGCCCGGGUAAAAAGGCAAGUUUUCACAUGAUUUCUAAAAGCCGUAAUGGAGACCAAGGAGCGAAUAGCCACUGGGAGAGCAUUCCAGGGUCUGGGGGCAGCAACAGAGAAGGCCCUGUCCUCUGUGCACGACAGCUGAGCCUCCCUCAUUGUUGGCACCUGGAGCAAAGCCCCCUCAGAUGACCUCAUCAAGCAGGCUGCAACCCUUGGAGCAGGUAGCCAGGGCCCAAAUUGUUAAGGGCUUUAAAGGUCAAAACCAGAACCUUAAAUUGGACCCGGAAACAAACUGGCAGCCAGUGCAGCUCUUUCAAAAUGGGUGUGAUGUGAUCCCAACGGGCAGCUCCAGAUAAAAUCCUAGCUGCUGCAUUUUGCACUAGCUGCAGUUUCCAAAUAUUCUUCAAGGGAAGCCCCACGUAGAGCACAUUACAGUAAUCCAGCUGUGACAUGACUAAGGCACGGAUAACUGUGGCCAGACCUGCCUUCUCAAGAAAGGGACGCAGCUGGCACAUUAGUAAUUUCCCAGAUCUCCCCUGGCUUCCUUUUUGAAAAUGUGAGUUACAUUAGCUACUUCCCAGUCCUCUGGUACAGAGACUGAUUGUGGGGACAAGUUACAUAUUUUGCUAGGAGAUCAGCAAUUUUACAUUUGCAUUCCUUCAGCACUCUUGGGUGGAUGUCAUCUGACCCUGGCAAUUUGUUAAUUUUUAAUUUUUCGAGACACUUUAGAACAUCCUCUCUCAUCACCUAAAAUUCUUCAGCCUCAACCCCUGAGAAGCUCAGUUCUGGAGCAGAUAUAUGGUCAGUAUCCUCCACCAGGAAGUCAGAAGCAAAGAAAUCAUUCAGAUUCUCUGCAAUCUCCUUAUCCUCCUUAAUAAUCCCUUUCAUGCCCUCAUCAUCUAAGUGGCCAACCACCUCCCUGGCAGGUUUUCUACUUCUGAUAUAUUUAAAGAGGUUUUUGUUAUUGCCCUAGACACUUCUAGAUUAUGUGCUCCUCAAACUCUCAUUUUGCGUCCCUUAUUGUCUCUAGCAUUUCUUUUACCAGAGUUUAUAUUCCUUCCUGUACUCUUCAUUUAGGCAGGACUUCCAUUUCCUGAAGGAAAUCUUUUUCCCUUUUAUAGCUUUCCUGACUCUACUUGUCAGCCAUGCUGGCAUCCUCCAGCAUGGUACCUUGGUGGUACCUUGGUGGCAUCCUCCAGCAUGGUACCUUGGUGGUACCUUUCCUCCUUCUUGGUAUACAUUCCAACUGAGCUUCUAUUAUCAUGGUUUUAAAUAAAUCCCAUGCUUUCUGGAGUGACUUGACCCUCCUGACUUUCUCUUUCAAAUUCCUUUUUACCAGUCCCCUCAUUUUUGAGAACUUUUGUCUUUUGAUGUCCAACACAGGAUGUUGGACUUCCUUGACAACGCACAACGACAAAGAUGAAUAUUUAUAUACCACUCUUCAACAAAAUUCUCAAAGCAGUUUAAAUAAGAUGGUCCCCUGUCCCUAAAGGGCUCACAAUCUAAAAAGAAACAUAAGGUAGACACCAGCAACAGCCACUGGAGGGAUGUUGUGCUGGGGUUGGAUAAGGCCAAUUGCUCUCCCCCUGCUAAAUAUAAGAUAAUCACCACUUUUAAAAGGUGUCUCUUUGCUCAGUUAGCAGGGGUUAAUAUAUGCUCCACUUGCAUAUAAGCUGAACUGGAUCACAUUAUGAUCACUGUUCAUUCCCCAGUGGUUCUACAACACUGACAUCUCACACCAGGUCCUGGGCACCGCUCAGUACUAAGUCCUAGGUUGCCUUCUCUCUGGUUGGUUCUGCAACAAACUGUUCUAAGGCACAGUAAUUUAGCAUGUCACAUGUCCAGAAAUGUGGCCUCUCUGUCAAUACCCACACAUGAAUUUGCCCAGACUAUUCAAGGUUAAGUGGCACACUGGGGAAAUGCUUGACUAACAAGCAGAAGGUUGCCGUUCGAAUCCCUGCUGCUACUAUAUCGGGCAACAGCGAUAUAGGAAGAUGCUGAAAGGCAUCAUCUCAUAAUGCGCGGGAGGGGGCAAUGGUAAACCCCUCCUUUAUUCUACCAAAGAAAACCACAGGGCUCUGGGGGCGCCCGGAGUUGAAAUCGGCUCGAUGACACACUUUACCUUUAUGUGAGGGUAAUUAAAGUAACCCAUUGUUACAUUUCUGUCUUUCUUUUGACAUCUCUCCAAUUUGCUUCUCCAACUCCUGGUCACUCUCAGCAUUUUGAUCUGGAGAGCAAUAGCAUGUCCCUAGUAACACAUUUCCUUUCAAUAUUCAUAUUGUCACCCAUAAUAAUUCUGUGGAGGAGGCUUCUGGCAUUGGUAUAUAAACAUCUAUACACUGAAUCUCUUACUUGGCAUUGGCAUGUGCUAUCUCCCUUAUCGUCCCUUGACCUUUUCCACCAGCUAUCGUGUAUUUCUACUCCUGGUUCUACUCUGUCCCCUUCUAGUUUAUCUGAAACAUUUGCAACGUUGCACCUUAGGGGAUUUUGCUUGCUGAACCAGAUACCACCCAGUUCUUGUUGGCAAUCCCCCUGGCCUCAUUUUUAAAGAUGCUCUGCAACCUUCCUGAUUUUAAGUAUCAUGCUGGUUCCAUCUUGGUUGAAGUGGAGCCCGUCCCUUUUGUACAGGCUUCAUUUGCCCCAAAAUGUAUCCCAGUGCCUAACAAAUCUAACACACACAAACCGCACCACUGUCUCAUCCACACAUUGAAACCUCUGCUGGAUAAGAACUUCAGUUUUCAAAUGGACUAUUUUCUCUAUGUGGAAACACCUCAGAACUGGGAAGGAGUUAGACUUGAAAAAGAAUAUUCUACAAUUUGAUUUUUAAAAAAAAUCUGCACCGGCAGCAGGAAAGAACUGCUAAAAGAAUAAAACUGCACCAGUAAAUUCUCAACCUUGAAUGUUCUCAAAGAUAGCCAACAUUUGAAUUUGUAAAAUUCUAUUGCUUCAGGGCACAAUGAUGGUUCUGUGAAAAGUUAAAUCUAUCUUCUUUUACAUAUGAAUGGAUGCUGAUUAUUAGCAACAGUGACCAACUUGGCAUCAGGAAUUAGUGUCUCUCACAGGGGCGUAGCAAGGUUGGAGUGGGCCCAGAGACAAGAUUUUAAAAUGGACCCCCUUCACUGAAGCUCAGCUCAUGAAUAAAGAAAUCUUAUAUGGGGCUGAAUAGUGGUAACAAAAAUCUCAUAUCUAUAUCUAUAUCUAUAUCUAUAUCUAUAUCUAUAUCUAUAUCUAUAUCUAUAUCUAUAUCUAUAACACGUCAUCCUAAAUUAUUUUUUUAAAGGUUUUGUAAAUUGUGGACGAUGCAAGUCAUUUAAUGGUACUAGAGAACGUCAUGCUGUUCUGGUAGCUCCAGGUCUUAAGACUCGCAUCAAUUUCGGAGGAUGAAUACAACUGAAGGAAGCCCAGUUUCUAUUUCAUUUGGGAAGCUCCUCGUUGCUGCUAUUGGUUUUGGGGGACAUUGCAGGAAAUCCUGAUCGUGUAUCUUCUGCGUCUAGAUGUCCCAUGAAUGGAGCUUUCUUGGGAACUUUCCAUGAUGAGCUGGACAGCUAAAGAGCUUUGGGCAAGAUGUAACGUACAGCAGACAUAACUCAUUCUGACCAAUAAACCCAGGGAACAAAAUGGAUAGAAAACUUCAAGAUCAAAUGCACUGAUGCUUUCACAGUCUUCCUUAUACCUAAAAAGGUCUCACCCAGAGGCAGAACCAAAGGAUAAAGAUGAAGAGGGGGCACAGACAGGUCAUUCCAGAAAUCCGACCCAUGUUGCUCCAUGUCCUGGGGGACCCAUGUUGCACCAUGUUCUGGGGGACCCUCUGGGGGAAGAGCCCAAUGAGGCAACCUUGGUGCCAGGACCACUUCCAGGACUUCAUGUUCCCACUGACAUUCUGGGGAAAGAGCUCAAUGAGGAAACGUCAAUGCUAGGAUCCCUUCCAGAACCUCGCGUCCCCACAGAUAUUCUGGAGGAAGAGCUCAAUGAGGAAACGUCGGUGCCAGGAUCCCUUCCAGAACCUCAUGUCCCCACUGAUAUUCUGGAGCAAGAGCUCAAUGAGGAAAUGUUGGUGCUAAUAUCCCUUCCAGGACUUUGCAUCACCAAUGACAUUCUGGGGGAAGAGCCCAAUGAAGCAACCUUGGUGCCAGGACUCCUUCCAGGACUUCGUGUACCCACUGACAUUCUGGGGAAAGAGCUCGAUGAAGCAACCUCAGUGCCAGGAUCCCUUUCAGGACCUUGCAUUUCCACUGAUAUUCUGGAGGAAAUGCUCAAUGAGGAAACCUCAAUGCCAGGAUCUCUUCCAGGACCUAGCGGCCACACUAAUAUUCUGGAGAGAGAACUCAAUGAGGCAACUUCAGUGCCAGGAUCCCUUCCAGGACCUCACAUCACCAAUGACAUUCUGGGGAAAGAGGUCAAUGAGGAAACCUCAGUGCCAGGUCCUUCCAUCCCCACUGGCACUCCAAAGGAAGCAGCUUUUGUGUCAGAGCCCUUACCAGAGCCUUCCAUUGCUGACAAUUACUUUGAGCAAGAAGUAGAAAUCCUCAAAGGAUUACAGAAUGACUAUGUCCAGCGGCAAAUGAGGGUUCGCCGCAUUUCCCAACAGUUCCCUCGUUCUCUCUGGGCCGUCAACCUGAAAAUUGGACACACACGGACAAGGCUCAUCCGCAGUGAAGUUCGGCUGCAACGGUGGGGAAAGGAAGAUGUUCCUGAAGGCCCUGCUGCAUGUCUCCGCCCCCCUGGGUCCAGUUCAUUAUUAUCUUCUGCCUCGCUGGAAGUUGGCUCCAUCCCACCCUCCACCUCCACCUCUUCUUUCCUCCUGCAUCCCUCUCCCCCUCCUCCUCCUUCCCCACCUCCUCUAGAGCCGGACCUCAGCAAUGUAAAAGAAACUCUGCAGAGUUUGAUGGAUUUGCAGUUCCAUCAGCUGAAUGACAGCCAAAAAGACCUCCGCAGCUGCCAGGAAUGUUUGCAAAACCUCAAGGCACUGAAGGGACAGCUCCGGAGACUGCGGAGCAGACUGGCAAUGGUGGAAGCCACUAUGGGGAUCCUGGUUCCUCCAAGGGAGCUAGAUGUUGAUGAGGAAAAAGAGAAACACAAAAACCAGACAGUGCUUCAUACAUAGGUAGCAAUAAAAUGCUGCAUAUUUAUUUUAAAAAUAUUAAAUAUUUGUUUUAAUAGGAUAGGAUGUAGAGAUAAAACAGCAAUAGAACAUGCAUAUUUACUGCCUAAAAAUUAAAAAGUUGAUUUUAAAGAAAA